CCUCUUCUCCGUGGUCCAAGCAGUGACGUGUAUCUCCAUUGAGACAGAAUCAGCUCGGUUCGCUGCUCAAACUUUCUUCGUCUCCAGAAGCUGCUCGGCUCGAUUCUCUUCCUUCCUUCCUCGAUCGUGUGGCGGCUUCAGAACCAGGAUGAGUAAAAGCAGCCGAGUGUUGAACCUGAGGGACAAAAUCAGCGGGAACGAGGCGGACCUGAGCCUGUGUAACCUCACCGAGGUCCCGGUCCGAGAGCUGGCUUUAUUCCCCAAAGUGACUAUUGUGGACUUGUCCUGCAACAACAUCACGUCCCUCCCUCCAGAGUUCUGCAACCUGACCCACCUCAUCAAGGUGGAUCUGAGCAAAAACCAGCUGACCUGUUUACCAGACGACCUGGGGAACCUGGUGUACCUUCAACAUCUGGAUCUGUACAACAACAAGUUGAAUGUUCUGCCCGUCAGCUUCUCCCAGCUCAGGAGUCUGAGGUGGUUGGAUCUGAAGGACAACCCUCUGGAGGCCGGCCUGGCCAAGGCAGCAGGAGACUGUCUGGACGAGAAACAGUGCAAACAAUGUUCCUCCAAGGUUCUGCAGCACAUGAGGGAGAUUCAGGACGAGGUGGAUCGCGCUCGAGAGAAGCGUCUUCUGAGGGAAAAAGAGCUGGAGAGGAAGCGGGAGGUGAAGCAGAGGGAGCGGGAGGCCAAGGAGAAGGAGGUGCGUAAACGAGAGAAGGCGGAGGAGAAGGAGAAGAGGAGGAAAGAGUACAACACUCAGAAGGCGGCCGCAGCUGCAAAGGAACAACAGAAGAAGAAGAGCGAGGAGAAGAAGAAAAAGAACGGACAGGCAGCAGCAGAUAAAAAAGUUGUCGUGAUAUCGGCUCCUAAACCUCGGCGUUCUCUCGUUGGCCUCCUGUUCAAACUCCUCCUCCUGCUGCUGCUGGGAUUGGCCGGAGUCGCCGCCGCCUGCCAGCUGACCGACCUGAAGAAGGAGGACGUGUGCGUGCCGAUCAACAUCGGCAUGGCUGACUGCCUCACCUGGGCCAAAGAGCAGGAGGGCGUGGUCAGACAACUGGUGCACAACCUGUCGUCUGCUGCGAGGGAGUUUCUUGAAUCCACGCAAACGUCCAAGAACUAGAAAAACCUGAAAGAAACAUGAAAACUGACACCUGCAGGCUUUCAGCUCACCUAUGAAUCCUGGGAUCUUCUUUUUUUUUUUUUUUUUAUACGCUGAAAUCAUGAUUUUCAUUCAGAUGGGCAACCCUGCAUCCUCUCACCCUGUUGGCGGGAGGGGAAGACAGAAAGGGGGACGGACAAAUGUGUUAAAAUCGUCUUAAAUUCCUAUGGAAUUGUUGUCGCGCUUGUAUCCUCUUUGUACUACAGCAUGUUUUUAAAUGUCCGGUGGCCCUGUCCGCUGCACUGGAGCCACGUGUUCACUGCCAGUCAGAGUUGUGCCUCCGCCAGUCGGUGUCAGACUGUGUGAAUGUAGAGCUCCGACCUUCACAAGCGUCUUUACAGUCUAACAUCAGUGGAAGCAGCUAAUGCAACGUGGAACCAAACUGAUUCACCAGCAGAUUUGAUCUCGACAUCAAAAUAUAUCGCACGUGACCGAUGUCUGAUAUUGAUCCUGAAAAUCUGGUAUCAGUCUUGUGCUGGAUGAACUUCCUGUUCACUGGAUGAACUUCCUGUUCACUGCACUAAAUUUCAAAAACGUUUUGCAUGAGUUUGCCCUCUAGCUUGAAAUCAUCCUUGUUUGAUCAAAUCAUGCUUCAAACUGUAUUUUCCCCACUUCCCCUCUGUCUCUGGUUUUCUGUUGUUCAACCUAUCACACUCCCUACCCAUCAUUUCUCAAUAUACAGAAACACAUCAGCAAAUGCAUCGCUCGAAUCUCAGCUGCAGGAUAAACUUGACCUGAUUUGUUCUUUAAGGGGAAACAGAGGUUUUUAUUUAAGAUCUAAAAUGAAUAAAUUAAAUACCGCAGACGGAUUACUUCCCUCUUUCUUUUGGUUUCAGCUGCUGAUUUCUGAAAUCGCUGCCUCUGUACAGCUUCAUCGUCGGCGUCAUUAAAUGGCUUUUGCACAGCAAGAAA